UCGUCAUCAUGGUAUUCUCACCUCUCCUCGUACACCACUGGUGUUCAUUUUUAAGUGCCCCAAAUCCCCUCUCUUUUUCCAUCAACCAUCUCCGAUUUCUCACCGAGAAAGAGAGAGGAAAAGAGAGAAACGAUGACUCAAGAAGUGGAGAUGGUGGAGCACCAGGCUGCGGCGGCGGCGGCUCCCACCAGCUCUGUCUCCUCUGCCACUGCCUCUUCCACCCUUCAGCAUUUGAAGGAGAUCGCAGCGUUGAUCGAGAGCGGGGCGUACGCCAAGGAGGUCCGGCGGAUCGUCCGGGCCGUGCGCCUCACCAUGAUGCUCCGCCGCAAGCUUCGGGCUCCAGUGAUCGCCUCCUUCCUCAACUUCGUCCUCCCUCCUGUCUCGGAGGCCCAUUCCCGGCUCUCCUCGUACCUUCCCAAGGAAGAUGAACAUGAUAUGGACGUGGAUACAGCAUCUUCAGCAGGUCAAGUUCCUUUUAAGUACUCUCUACCAGAGCUUGAGAUCUACUGUUACGUACUCGUGUUAAUAUUUUUGAUUGACCAAAAGAGAUACGAAGAGGCUAAAGCUUGUUCCUCUGCAAGUAUUGCUCGCCUUAAGAAUAUGAACAGAAGAACUGUUGACAUUUUAGCAUCUCGGCUGUACUUUUAUUAUUCCUACAGCUAUGAACUUACAAACAGUCUAGCUGAAAUUCGUGGGACCCUCCUUGCUCUGCAUCGCAUGGCCACCUUACGGCAUGAUGAACUGGGUCAGGAAACACUUCUCAACCUGCUACUUCGCAAUUACCUCCAUUAUAACUUGUAUGACCAGUCUGAGAAACUGAGGUCAAAGGCACCACGUUUUGAAGCACAUUCCAAUCAGCAGUUCUGUCGCUACCUGUUUUACUUGGGAAAGAUCAGGACCAUUCAGUUGGAAUAUACUGAUGCCAAAGAAAGCCUUCUGCAAGCUGCUCGAAAGGCUCCUGUUGGUGCACGAGGUUUUCGAAUCCAAUGCAACAAGUGGGCUGUUAUAGUCCGGUUACUUUUAGGAGAAAUCCCUGAGAGAACUGUUUUUAUGCAGAAAGGCAUGAAGAAGGCUUUAACACCCUAUUUUGAGCUUACAAAUGCUGUGCGAAUUGGAGAUCUGGAGCUGUUUAGGACUGUUGCGGAAAAAUUUGCUGGCACUUUCAGUUCAGAUAGAACCCGUAAUUUGAUUGUGAGGUUGCGCCAUAACGUGAUUCGAACUGGACUCCGCAACAUUAGCAUUUCCUAUUCACGCAUAUCCUUGGCUGAUGUUGCCAGAAAGUUGAGAUUAGACUCUGAUAAUCCAGUGGCAGAUGCUGAGAGCAUUGUAGCCAAGGCCAUCCGAGAUGGAGCAAUUGAUGCUACAAUUGAUCAUGCUAAUGGAUGGAUGCUAUCCAAAGAGACUGGUGAUGUCUACUCUACAAAUGAACCCCAGAUUGCAUUCAAUUCGAGGAUUGCCUUUUGCCUUAACAUGCACAAUGAAGCGGUUAGAGCGCUGAAGUUUCCUCCGAACUCCCACAGGGAGAAGGAAAGUGAAGAGAAGAGACGUGAGAGACAGCAGCAGGAGCAGGAGCUUGCUAAACAUAUUGCAGAGGAGGAUGAUGAUGAGUUUUGAGUGAGACUUGUUCCUUUCCUCUGGACUUCCUUAUGCAAAUUUUAGUUGAAGUAAUCAUGAGGACCAAAAUGUACUUCAAGAAUCAACAUCACAAUCAUUUGUAUCUUUAUUACUAGUUUUUAUCUUAUAGUACUUAUCAAUGACCACCUGUUCACGGUUCUGUUUGAACAAAUGGCUUGUUAUCCCAACUUUCUUUUUCUUGGUUGAAUUUGCUAGAAUAUUAGUUGUUGAUGAUAUGGUUAA